UAGCCUGCACUUCAAUUUUAAAAAUAAAUAUUGUCUGUGAUGGUUGAUGCUUGCUUCUCAAAUUGGGAGUUCAGAAAACUCAUUUGAAAUUAACCAAUAGUGAGCCAGUAGUUUCUUUGUAAAUUUGGAGGUAAGGUGAUUUGUUCAUUCAAUGUGUUAGGUGUGGUGCAAAGAUUUUUUGAGCUGUGCUGUUUGAGGGGCAAAGAAUCAAUGCGUGACAUGAGGUUUCUGUGCCUCACAUUGGUCCAGCUCCAGCUUGUAUUUGUUCACAAUAUUUGCCAAUUAUACCUGUUACAAAUUCCCUCCAUUGUUUAGCAUUUUCAUGAAAUGCACAGAACAAUUUGAUACAUUUCCCUUGGUAUUUUCUUAGGCUCUUUUCAGAAGUUAAGUUUUGUUCUGUCAACUUGUGUUGAUAAUCAAAACUUUCAGAAAGUUUAUUUUUAAACCUUUUAUUCGAACGUGUUCCACUUCUCUGAAGUGUACAGCUCCCACUUUGAAUCUGUUUGGAAAUGUCUACUCCUGGAACUUCUGUGGGUGAGUUCACUGCAUGGGAUUAUGUAGUGUUUGUGCUAAUGCUGCUCACUUCUGCACUCAUUGGAAUCUAUCAGGCAAUUAAAGCUAGGGGCCACCAAACCAACUUCCAGUUUUUGCUGGGAAACAGACAGCUGAGGGCAUUUCCUGUGGCUUUGUCCCUUGCGUCCAGCUUUAUGUCUGCAAUUACAGUGAUUGGAACACCAGCAGAGGUUUAUCGCUUUGGGGCCAUGUUCUUGAUUUUCUGCUUUACCUAUGCCAUCGUGAUCGUCAUCAGUGCUGAAUUCUUCCUGCCUGUAUUUUACAGACUAAACAUCACCAGUACUUAUGAGUAUUUACAAAUUAGGUACAACAAAAUAGUUCAGUACAUUGGGACCUGUUUCUUCAUCACCCAAACUGUGCUGUACACUGGGAUUGUCAUUUAUGCUCCAGCAUUAGCAUUGAAUCAGGUAACUGGAUUUGAUCUCUGGGGUGUACUCAUUGCAACUGGUCUUGUCUGCACCUUAUACUGUACUCUGGGUGGUCUGAAAGCUGUGGUGUGGACUGAUGUGUUCCAGUUGACAGUUAUGAUCAUCGGGUUUGUGGCAGUGAUAAUCCGAGGUGCGAUAAUUCAUGGAAGUUUUGCGCAGGUGCUGAAUAUUUCAUAUCAUGGAGGAAGACUCAACUUCUGGGACUUUGAUCCAAGCCCAAUAAGACGACACACCUUCUGGACGAUCGUGGUUGGUGGAACCUUUGUGUGGACAGCUAUUUAUGGCAUCAAUCAGUCUCAGGUUCAGCGGUACAUUGCUUGUAGAAGCCAGCUUGAGGCCAAGCUAUCACUCUACAUCAAUUUGGUUGGCCUGUGGAUAAUAGCCAUUUGUGCAGUAUUUACUGGUCUCACUAUGUACUCUGUUUAUCACCAAUGUGAUCCCCUGACUCGGAAAAAAGUCAGAGCGUCAGACCAGUUGCUCCCAUACCUAGUGAUGGAUAUUAUGAGGGAUUAUCCUGGUGUUCCAGGACUCUUUGUGGCAGCCGCAUACAGUGGGACUUUGAGUACGGUUUCCUCUAGCAUCAAUGCAUUGGCUGCUGUCACAGUGGAAGACAUCAUCAAACCUUUCACCAGUUUUUCAGAGCAGAAACUUUUUUGGAUCACAAAGGGACUCAGCUUCAUGUUUGGAGUCAUCUGCAUUACAAUGGCUGCAUUGUCCUCUGUGAUGGGUGGCGUACUGCAGGCUGCCCUCACUAUUUUUGGGAUUCUUGGUGGUCCAUUACUCGGGUUGUUCCUGCUAGGCAUGGUAUUCCGUUGGGCUAAUUCAAUUGGUGCACUAGCUGGUCUUGGUGUCAGUUUCAUACUGACAUUGUGGAUAGGAAUCGGUGGGCAUGUCUAUCGGCCACUACCUACUCAAACUCGACCAUUACCCCUCAGCACAGCAGGAUGUCUUGAUCUCGCCGCUAAGAUCCCACAAUCAGCGAGAGUAGGCCCCUACUUAACAACACACCAUGCACCAGACCUGACUUCCAGGCCAGCAAUUGCGGACACAUUGUAUUCAAUCUCAUAUCUUUACUUGAGCCCAAUAGCAACUAUCACUGUCGUGAUUGUUGGUCUGAUAGUCAGUUUGCUGACAGGAGGGAAGCAGAACGUGGUGGACAAGAAGCUGCUGAUGACUUACAAGGAUACACUAUGCUACACCUACUAUGUCAACAGAAGUAUUCAUUCAGAGAAAACGAUUGACAAGGAAGAGCUGGAAGCAAUAGCUGAUACAACUGAACGGAAGGACACAACCACUGAACAGGAGCCUGAUUCUGAGAAACAAAACCAGGAAUCCACAACAGACUUAUAGUUAGCAUGUGGGCUUUCUUCGAUGAAAGUACAGUGAACAAGUCAUCAGGCUUUGGAGAUGUCUAACACAAUGGCUUAUGUCUAUGUAAAAGAUCACUGGGCUAGAGAUAUCACACACCUCUUCCCUCCCUUCCCAGUAUUCCUCUUCCUAACUGCAGUGUAAAUGGAUUAAUUUUUCCAUUGCAUUUCCAGUCAAAUCAAACUAGCAGAAACUGCUCUGACGAUUUUUUACGGUCAUGAGCUUUAAACAUUUUAAUGUCUGUGCUUUUAAAACUUUUGAUGUUAUUUGCAUUACUUGGGUCAGUGUCAGUGUCUGCUCCCGUAAAUAACCCUCAUUCUUGUUCUCCAUGUGACUGUGAUAAGAUCACAAAGUCAAACUGAGAACUUGUGACUGUAUUCCAAAUUACUGGUGUAUGAGUUGCAGCCACAUGCCAUAUCUGUUUGGAGUGGAGGGAUUGACCAUAAACUGCUGUUUGCAGACCAGAGAAGUUUCACAUUCUGAAGUGAAUUUAAUCAGACUUGGCACAACUUUGUGCAGGUUCUAGCUCCUUGUCCAGCUAUUGCCAGCAGGACAUUAGCUUCAUGAGAGUGACUGCUGAGAAUGUUUCCCCAUGUAACAAGUUAAGACCCAUGCUGCUCCCAUCUAGAUCCAACGUGCUCCCACUCAGUCCCACUUUGCUCCCAUCUAGAUCUGUUGUGCUCCCAUCCAGAUCUAUUGUGCUCCCAUCCAGACACACCAGGUUCCCCACCCACCCACCCUAUUCUCCACCCAGACACAUUCUGUACUGACCCUUUUCUUAACUCAAACCAACCCUGCUGUUCAUCCAGAUUCUAUGAUGCUCUGCGUCAUUGCUUAUUUGUUGUUAUGUUGAGUUAGAAAAUAUGUUCAGGUGCUGUAAACUGUAAUAUGUUUGUUCCUAAUUACAUUAAAAAUAUACCAGUUUGUCCUUUCACUCAUACACAUGCUAUCAAGCCACUCUCUAGAGGUUAGAA